AUGGCUUUCAGUCCAGUUCUGACGGCCCUCGUCGUCGUCGCCCUCUCAUGGGGCGUGUACAAGGUGCUCCAGAUUGGCAAGCGCGACUCCAGGUUGCCCCCGGGCCCGCCAACGCUGCCUGUGCUGGGCAACAUCCACCAGAUUCCAUCCACGGGUCUCUACAAGAAGCUCAAAGAAUGGGGUGACCAGUACGGCCCGGUGUACUCGAUCAAGGUCGCCAACGACACGAUGAUUGUGUUGAACGACCGCAAGGCCAUCCACGACCUGCUGGACAAGAAGAGCGCCAUCUACUCGGACCGGCCCGCCAACUAUGUCGCCGACCUCGUCACCAACGGCGACAGCAUCGCCUUCAUGAACCACAGCAACCCGGCCUGGCGCGCCCAGCGGAAGAUUGCCUCGCACAACCUCUCGCCCCGCAACCUCGACGACAAGGUGUCUCCGAUCCAGGAGUCCGAAGCCGCCGUCUUCCUGGCCGACCUGUUGCGCACGCCCACCGGCUUCUACAACCACGUGAAGCGCACGACGGCAUCCACGGCCAACAUCAUCGUGUGGGGCCACCAUGGUGCCACCUACGACGACUUCUGGGGCAACUGCGUCUACAAAGCGAUGGAAAAGUACUCGGAGGCUCUCGAGCCGGGAGCCAACCCGCCGGUCGACCAGGUGCCGCUCCUCAAGUACAUCCCGGACGCGUUGGCGUCGUGGAAGCGUCGGGCCAAGACGUCGUACACGGCCAUGGACUCGGUGUGGCACGAAGCCCGGCGGCUGGCGGAGGAGCGGCGGGCCAAGGGCGUCAAGCGGCCGGCCAUCUUCGACCGCAUGGUCGACGAGGACAUCAAGUCGGACGUGCCGCUCACGGCCAACCAGGUCAACCACUUCCUGGGCGUGCUGGUCGAGGGCGCGGCGGACACGACGGCCGGGUCGAUGCUGACGUCCAUCAUGCUGCUGGCGCUGCACCCGGAGGCGCAGCGCAAGGCGCAGGCGCAGCUGGACGAGGCGUGCGGCGCGGGCCGGAUUCCGUCGUGGGAUCAGGACUUCAGCAAGGUGCCGUACGUCAACGCCAUCGUGAAGGAGGGCACGCGCUGGCGGACUGUGCUCCCGCUCGGCGUGCCGCACUGCGUCACGCAGGACGACUACUACGAGGGCAUGCUGAUCCCCAAGGACGCCACGAUCGUGAUGCCCAUCUGGGGGCUGCACAUGAACGAGGCGGCGGGCUUCGGCGCGGAGCCCGAGAAGUACAACCCGGACCGGUGGGGGGCGGCUCACACGGCGCGGGCGGCGUCGGAGCUGGCGGGGCUCGCCGACUUCGAGCGUCGCGAUCACUACAGCUACGGGUCCGGGCGGCGCAUCUGCCCGGGCAUGCACCUGGCAGAGCGCACCAUGUGGCGCAUGACGGCCAAGAUGCUGUGGGCGUUCGAUAUCGUGCCCGCGACGGACCCGGCGACGGGCAAGCAGGUGCCCCUCGACCUCGACGACUACGAGGACGGCAUCAUCAGUUACCCGCGGCCGUACAAGGUCGAGUUCCGGCCGAGGAGCGAGGCGCAUGUCGAGACGAUCAUGCGGGAGGCGAAGACGGCGAAGGAGUUCCUCGCGCAGUAUGCGUGA